AUGGUCGAAGGACCAUUGAACGGCUUGGCGGCCGUCAAUGGCGCGGAGACUGCCUCGUCGAGCUCACAACAGCCUGGGCAUGGUAAUGUGCAAGGACAGAUGGCUCAGGGCAGUAGCAAUGGCGUCGGUACUUCUGCUUCCAAUUCGCCUGAUGGCGCGCAACCUCCCCUCAUCAAUACACAAGCUCAAGCCAAAUUCCAGAAUAUGAUCUCAAGGAUCCAGUAUUUGCGUUCGCAGGGCGCACAAGAGGGGGAGCACCCAGAGUUGACACGACUGAUCGAAGUCUUGCGGAGUAUGGGCAUCGCACGCGCCGCGAGCAGACAGAAUCAAGCAGACGCUGCUGCAGCACAAGCACAGGCUCAGGCUUCUCGAAUGAAUGCUGCCCCGGCGAGCAAUGGUAUGGCAACAGAGGAAGCACCCAAAUCGAAUGGUCUUGCCGCUUCUGCGCCUGCUGGUCUGACUGCACCGGCCAGUCCGCCACUGGUUCAAUUCACACCAGCGCAAUACGCCUCACUCAAAUGUCAGAUCUAUGCCUUCAAAUGUAUCUCAAAGGGCGUCCAGAUUCCUGCCGCAUUGCAAGAAGCCGUCAACAGUCCAACGAAAGCACUCGAUUUCGUCCAGUCGAGUGCUUUCCCUGCAAAUGUACCCGGCAGCACCCAGACGCCAUCGACUAGCAAGCCUGUCGAGACUGCACAAGCCAGCGGCGCCCCUGCUCCGCCGGCUGCCGAAGCCAAGGCGAGCCCCAAGAGCGAAAAGUCGCCUGAGGAGGAAGCUAUCAUCGCCAGGCUGGCCGAGAUUGCUGCAGAGGACGCCCAAGACGAGCUCGAUAUGGCAGCAGAGUACGCAAGCGAAAUCUAUCCCUACAAUUCCUUUGUCCUGCCUCUUGUCUCUCUGCGCGAUGGCACUCAGCAAGAAGCCCGCAGCGCGCCGCCUCGUCUGCCUACUCAUCCUCGGCUAAGGACACUACCGGCAAUGCUCGUACCCACCCUCAUGCCCGAAGGUCUUGACCCGCAGACGCUCUUUGAGGAAAGAGAACGAUAUAUUCAGACGAUGAUCCAGAUGCGCAUGAGAGAGCUGCAAGAGCUCCCUUUGGCUCUGCCGGACGGCGCAUCUGCCUUGGGUGGGUUGGAUGCUAUGCCCAGCGCUCGUCUCAAGGCAAUCAUCGAGCUCAAAGCUUUGCAAUUACUCAAUAAGCAGAAGGCAUUACGAGAAGAUGUCGUCUUGGGCGCCAACAGGGCCACAGCUCUCUCGCUCGUCAACGAUCGAACUGCUCUCAGGCGUCACAAGCGAUACACGAUUCGGGAUGCUCGUGCGACCGAAUCGCUAGAGCGCAAGCAGAAGCUCGAUAGAGAGCAGCGUGCAAAGAAGAAACAUCUCGAUCAGCUCGAUGUGGUCAUCAAGCACGGUCAGGCACUCGAUUAUGCCCAUCGUGUGCAGGCUGUCAAUGCUCAGAAGAUCGGCAAAGCCGUUCUGCGUUUGCACAGCGAAGCCGAGAAGGAAGAUCAGAAGCGCGUUGAACGGGUCAGCAAAGAACGUCUGAAGGCUCUGCGCAAUGACGACGAAGAGGCCUACCUCAAACUCAUCGACACUGCAAAGGACACACGUAUCACCCACUUGAUCAAGCAGACUGACACCUACCUCGAUUCGCUCGCUCAGGCAGUCGUUGCUCAGCAAAAUGACGCGAUACAUUCAGACUCGCUCAAUGCUGCCAUGAUCAGACCGGAAGAUGCAGCAGUAGACCAGGGCGGGCAGCCCGAGACGGUCAACGAAGCCGCCUUCGGAGCUGCGCCCGUCUUCACGGAGGAAGAGACCGCUACAGAGACGACAAAGAAAGUCGACUACUACAAUGUUGCCCAUAAGAUCAAGGAGACCGUGUCUGAACAACCUCAUAUUCUCAUCGGCGGACAACUCAAAGACUAUCAAAUCAAGGGCUUACAAUGGAUGAUCAGUCUGUACAACAACAGACUCAAUGGCAUUCUCGCAGACGAAAUGGGUCUCGGCAAGACGAUUCAGACUAUCUCAUUGAUUACGUACCUGAUCGAGCGAAAGAAGCAAAAUGGUCCUUUCUUGAUCAUCGUGCCGCUAUCGACCGUGCCCAAUUGGGUGCUCGAAUUCGACCGGUGGGCGCCAAGUGUAUCUGUCGUCACUUACAAAGGCUCUCCGAACGCGCGCAAGGAGCAAGCCAACAAGAUCCGAUCGAAUGACUUCCAGGUCCUCCUGACAACUUUCGAAUAUAUCAUCAAGGACCGUCCGCUGCUCAGUAAGAUCAAAUGGGUACACAUGAUCAUCGACGAAGGCCAUCGCAUGAAGAACGCCAACAGCAAGCUUUCGACGACCCUGUCGGGCUUCUACAGCUCACGAUACCGCUUGAUUUUGACGGGCACGCCGCUGCAAAAUAACUUGCCGGAACUCUGGGCACUGCUCAACUUCGUGCUGCCCAAGAUCUUUAACUCUGUCAAAUCUUUCGAUGAAUGGUUCAAUGCGCCCUUCGCGAACACCGGCGGAGGUGAUCGUAUCGAUCUGAACGAAGAAGAAUCUAUGCUCGUCAUCCGUCGUCUACACAAAGUCUUGCGACCCUUCCUGCUGCGUCGAUUAAAGAAAGAUGUCGAAUCGGAGCUUCCGGAUAAGGUCGAGCGUCUAGUGCGAUGCAAGAUGAGCGCGCUGCAAUCUAAGCUCUACAAGCAACUUCGCGAGCAUGGCGGUUUGCUCAGCGAGCUCAAAGACUCUGCUGGCAAGCCCAAGGGCAUGAAGGGCCUCAAGAAUACGAUCAUGCAGCUCAGGAAACUCUGCAAUCAUCCCUUUGCAUUCGAGGCCGUCGAAACCGCCAUGCUCAAUCACGUCCGUAUGACCAAUUACCGGGUGACCCAAGUCGAGAUUGACAAUCUGCUCUGGCGAACGUCUGGCAAGUUCGAGCUGCUCGAUCGGAUUCUGCCCAAGCUUUUCAGGACAGGUCAUCGCGUCCUGAUGUUCUUUCAGAUGACAGUCAUCAUGGACAUCAUGCAAGAUUUCCUCCGUCUCAGAGGCAUCGAUAACCUUCGGUUGGACGGAUCGACCAAUCAAGAUGAGCGAGCCGGUCUGCUGGCUGCGUUCAACAAGCCAGACUCGCAGUACAAGAUUUUUUUGCUGUCUACACGUGCGGGUGGUCUCGGUCUCAAUCUGCAGUCAGCAGAUACCGUUAUUCUGUACGACUCUGAUUGGAAUCCGCAUCAAGAUCUACAAGCGCAAGAUCGAGCGCAUCGAAUCGGUCAAAAGAAGGAAGUCCGUAUUUUGCGACUCGUCACUGAGAAAUCUGUCGAGGAGCAAGUGCUGGCUACAGCGCGUCGCAAAGUCGAUAUCGACAAAAAAGUCAUUCAAGGUGGCAAGUUCGAUAACAAGUCGACUGCCGAGGAACGGGAGGCAUUCUUCGAAGCCAUACUUGCAGAAGCAGACGCAGAUGACGACGAUGAAGGCGAUCUGGGCGACGAAGAGCUCAAUGAGAUCCUGGCUCGUGGAUCAGACGAGAUGGUCGUAUUUGCUCAGAUGGAUGUUGAACGCAAGCGCAAAGAGCUCAAUGACUGGCGCGCUAGCGGUCACAAGGGGCCUGCUCCUGAGCGGCUUAUCACUGAGACCGAAUUGCCCGACAUCUAUAAGAUCGAAGUCGAUGCGGCCGAGCUCAACAAAGACGAUGACGAUCCUGUUGGCCGUGGCCAUCGGCAACGCACAGAGGUGCAUUACAACGAUGGCUUGACGGACGAUCAGUUUUUAGAUGCAAUUGACGACGAUGAGACUGAUCUGCAAGAGGCUAUCGAGAAGAAGCGAGCUCGCAAAGAGAAGCGCGCAACCAAUAAAGCCAGACGUGAAGCGCAGCUAGACGACAGCAAUGUCAAUACUCCAACCGCCGACUCUGGGCUCGACUCGGACACCGAUAGCAGGAAACGCAAACGAGCCAGUGCGACUGCUUCGGUCGAGCCUACUACGCGAGACGAGGAAGACGCGAAAUCAAAGAAGCGACGUAAGACAGGUGCAGGUGCUACAAGUGGUGCGCCCGUCAAUGCGCUAAAAGACCGCGUCAAGGCGAUCAUCAAUUCCGUCGUGGCGAGUCUCGAGGAUACGACGACCGACAACGAAGCCAUCGAAUUCGAUCUCCUGGGUCCCUUUGUCGACCCAGUCGAUGUCAAGAUGUAUCCUGACUAUGCGAUGAUCAUCCAGCGUCCGAUGUGCGUCAAGCGGAUCCGGCAGCAAGCCAAUAGCGGACGAUACAAGUCAUUCCAGGCGCUUCACGAGGACUUUGUGCUCAUCUUCCAGAACGCCCGCAUGUUCAACGAUGAUGCUUCGCCCAUCUACAUAGCUGCUGACAUCCUAGAGAACGCAUUCACUUCGGCUUGGGAAAAGGCGCUGAAGGAGACUGAGCCUGCCUCACGAUCGCCUUCGGUUGCUCCCAUUGCGUCGACAAAGAGCAUGCACAAGCGCUCAGCCGUUUCUACACCUAUGGCAGACUCAUCUGACAAGGAAGACGAGCCGCCCGUUCGUCCGAUGCAAAAGAUAAAGCUACGUCUCGGUGGAGGGGCUGGCGGUGGUAAGAGCGCACACAAAGUCAAGCGGAAGGUCGUCUCGAGCGACGAGGAGCCAUCUGAUAGUGAUGAUAGCUCUUAUUGCCCACCGCUAGAAUUGAAGAGCGCGUCGCGUCGCGGUCUGCCUCGUGCUCUUCGUGGGUCGCUGCAUUCUUCGUGGCUUAUGCACUCGGCCGUCAAGCAAGAGAGCUCUGCGCUCCGGCGUAAGAGCGGCGCCAAUGAGAUCAGCUCGCUAUUUGACAAUGUCGCUACGCCAUUGGGCAAGAAGACUAGAUUGAAUGCAGGCAGCGCCAAGUCAAGCCUGAGCACGCCUCUUCCGUCCCACAGACAUACUCCGCAUGGAUCGUCGUCUCCGGUGCAUGGCGAUAUGCUCAAAACUCCUUUCGCGGGAUCUCGCUUCGCCAAUGGAGCCUCCCCGAUGACGCCCGCUGCAAGCCCUUAUGCAACCAGGAAGGACGUCGGAGAGAUCGUCGAGAGUCUCAACAGUCAUCUGACAGCCAUAGAUCAACGCGCUACUGCAUCGACUUCAAAGCUAGAACUGGCCAGUCACGCUGAUCCAAAGAGCUACGAUUAUCGCUACAUGUACGAGAAACUCCUGGCUCGAAGCGAAGUACUCGACAACCAGAUCGAUCAAUGCGCGACACUGCUCUGCCACGAGUACAGCAUCUCGCUCGAAGACGUGGGCAAUCCUUGCGUGCCAUGCAUGGAUGAUAUCGUCUGCGUAGGGCGCGUCUGCCUGGAAAGCGACACCGCCAAGCUCAACGAUGCAUCUAUCUGGUUCGAGUCGUCCCGCUUGCUCAGCUCCGGCUCGCGAGUGCCUCUCAAGUUCGAGCAAGAUCUCAAGGUCAGAGGUGGCGUGCCUGGCGAGAAUGCUGUGGGAUUCUAUCCUGGCCUCUUGCUCGGCUUGCGCGGCCGGAAUACGGGCGGGGGACAUUUCAGCGUCAAAGAGAUCCUCCUGAUGCCGCCGGUUCUAUCGCCCAUGACGGCGCCCGCCAAGCUCAUGGAGUAUCAACACGGCGAACAGUCAAUGGCCGGCUUGCCAAUGAGCAUCAUCGUUGCGAAUGGUCCAUACACGCUCGAUGGCGACCUCGAGUAUACACCGCUCGAGGAUCUCUCACAGUCCAUCAUGAAGCUAAAGCCGCAUCUUGUCAUUCUUCUGGGACCGUUCAUCGAUGGCAAUCAUCCGUUGAUACGGCAGGGUGCGAUGCUGGAGCCGCCCAAGCAAAUCUUCAGGAAUAAAGUAGCGACUCGAAUACAAGCUAUGCUCGACGCGGUGCCUGCUCUGACGAUCCUCCUGGUGCCAAGCUUGCGAGAUUUACUCAAUGCGCAUGUUGCAUUCCCUCAAAGCCCAUACGCUCGCGAAGCAGAGCUUGGCCUAUCAAAGCGAGCCAAAUUGCUCCCUAAUCCGACCGUAUUCUCGGUCAAUGAAGUCACCUUUGGGAUAACAUCAGUCGAUUCGCUGUUCCAUUUGCGCUCGUCAGAGCAUGUGCAAGCGGCUACGCCUGUCCGAGACGAAGCUCAAGCGAUGGACGCCGAGCCAGUAGCGAAUGCAAAAGACGCGCUCUCGAGGGCAUGUCGGCACAUUUUGCGUCAGAGAACAUUCUAUCCGCUCUUCCCUGCGCCAGUGCUCAAAGGGCGACCGGGCGAGGCCGACGAGAUAUUGAAUCUUGAUGUGACCCAUCAGGAUCUGCUACAGAUCGGCAACGACGGUGUCGAUGUCUUGAUACUUCCCAGCAGGCUGAAAGCCUUUGCCAAAAUUGUCGACGGCGUCGUGACGAUCAAUCCUGCUAGCUUGACGAAAGGACACUCAGGCGGCACAUUUGCUCGACUCACUAUUCAUCCAAGCCGGCGAGGCGAAUUCAUGCGCGGCCAAGGCGAAGAUAUCGACGGUCUGAAGCCGUUUGAUGCAGAAGAGGUCAUGGAUCAUCGUAUCUACGAGCGAUGCCGCGUCGAUCUCGUGCGAGUAUAG